AUGAGGAGAAAGUCAAGCAUGAAGCGGUGUCUCAGUGCUGCGUCACAGUCAUGCACAUCAUCCUUCGUCUUGCUGGUCUUGGUACUACUGUCAUUCAAUGCCUUAUCGACGCCUUUUUGCCUUGGCUUUUCAUCGCCAUCUAAAAGAAGGACGAGAAGUAAUAUAAUAUCCAGUUCACCAUUGUACAGCGGGAAGACUAACUCGGAUAAAGGCAACAAGAUCAAUGGUGAUGAUGAAAAUAAUCAGAAGGAUCUCUUCGUGGACGAGACAUUUCAAACCACCUUAUAUAAUAAUGACGGCUCGUCUUCUUCUUCCACCAGCACCAAGACGAAACGCAGUUCAACACAGUCUUUUGAGUUUUACGCUCCACGACCCAAAUGCAACAAAUGGACCUCCCAACAACAAGAUUUUCCUCCGGAAGUCUACAACAUUGAUCCACUCCCACCCGAUGCGCAAACCAUGUGGGCCGAUGGCGGAACCUCUGGCCAAGACGACGCUAAAGCUACCAAACAGGUUGGAAAUGGGGACGAUUACUUUCGGGCGACGCUGCUGGUGCGGGGUAGAUCAUAUGCCAGACCCAAUGCCUUUGAGUUGGACCAAUUGUACGAAUUGCCCGAUUUGCAAGACUUGGCAUCUCCACCCAAUCCAGAAUACGUCGGUGACAACUUGUGGAGCAACAAUGGUGCCCUUCUGUUUCGGACGACGCCAUUUCGGCUGGGAUUAUUAAUAUUUUUCUUCUUUUCCUUUGGACCAAUGGUCAAUUUCCUCUACACGCACUUGCCAGCCGUAGAAAAGUUGGAGUCUCUAUCGGAAAGUAACUUUGUACCGGGGAUCUCGAUUGUCUAUGGUACUUAUCUAUCGUUGACACUCAAUAUUCUAUACCAAAGACAACAAAAGAUUACAGAUUUCUGUGCCAAGGAAACUUCGCAACUGUUGCAAUUGACACGACGAAUAUUUCAUCUACUCGACGAGACCAAUACGAUGAAAGGGAAAGCGGAUAUACCAGCCUCUGAGAAAUCCAAGUUCAAGAUAUCUGUGGCCGAAUACAUUGCCGAUCAAGUGCGGGUAUUGGUCAAGGCAAGUCGGGGACGAGAGCUGAUGAAAAUUGUCUACUCGGAUCCGUACGAAGGUAUUGACGAGGUGCUCAAUGAAUACCGUGACGAACUGGUCGCCAUGAAGAAUACCAAAGAAGCCGGUGGUAUAAUGGUGGAUGUUUCCAAUUCUUUGAACUUGAUUGGUACCUGUAGCGAUGUAGUGUCCAACAUGGUGGUGGUCCGAUCGGAGCGAUUGUCGAAUGAAUCCACCUUUUUGCCACCGGCUCACUUUAUCGUGGCACGUGUACUGGCAGCCUUGAUUAUCAUUGGGUAUACCGUUGCCACAGUGACCUUUGUAGAUGCUGAUGGAUACCCACCAGUCGCCAGUUCUGCAUUUUUUGCCGUCUUGAGCACAGUGUAUUUGUUCUUUUCCACCAUUAUCAGCGACUUGAACAAUCCAUUUAACGGUGUUUACCAAAUUCGACGAUCUGGAAUCGCUGCCAACCUAUUAGCCAUCAAGUGGAUCAUUCAAAAGGAUCCGACCUUGGCGUGCGAAGUCAACUUUGAAGGGGAGGUCGGGCAUGAAAUUCUGUGGCAGGAUCCUCUGAAAAUGGAACAGAUGGCGCAACAAAAGCAGCAGUCAUAA